CCAGGAAAAAAAGUUUGAGGUUAUAAUAGGAAACAAGCGACAGAAUGGAAAACAGACGCAAGGAAGACGGAGAGUGAGUAAAGUGUGAAUCACUGCUUCAGAAAGAUUAGCGCCGGAGAGUCGCGGUUCCUCUUCCACGUAGCUAAUGCGUAAGUUCCAAGAUCUCAGCGAAGUGGCAACUCCUCUGUUUCAACAUGGAAAACGUCAAAACUUGCUCCGAAACUGUGCACUGAAGAACCCCAUGGAUUCCGCGGCGAUUCUAGUGCUAACAUUUGUACACUUUUAGAGUGCGCGACGGAGAAAGCGAAGAUGCAGGAGGACCCGGUGUACGAUUUCCCUGAGCCCCAGGCCCCUAUAGAGCGGGCAUCGCCACAGCGCGGCUCUCUGAAGAGCAUCAGUGUGCUGGACCGCCUCCUGCUGACACACCCUGUCUGGCUGCAGCUGUCAAUCAACUCUGCUACUGCCCUCCACAUCCUGCAGAGAGAGCCGCCAGGGACCUUCCUGGUGCGCAAGUCCAACACAUCGCAGAAAAAGGUGCUGUGCGUGAGGCUGGCAGAUGACAGCGUCCCUUCCUUCGUCAAACAGUUCAUCAUCCGCGAGCAGGACUCCACCUUCUCCCUGGAGAGCUCGGCCAUCAGCUUCCCGGACCUGUGCCGGCUCAUCGCCUUCUACUGCGUCAGCAGGGACGUCCUGCCGUUCACCCUGGAGCUCCCACAGGCCAUUGCCCGGGCAACCUCCCACAAGCAACUGGAGUCCAUAUCGCACAUGGGCGUGGAGUUCUGGAGCUCGCAGCUGAAUUUCCGGGGCCCGCGAAAUGGCCCCCCUGUGGUGGAGGGGCCGCCGCCCUCCAGCCCGUCCCCCGAGGAGUGCGCCACGCCGCAGGAGAACCCGAGCCUGUUCCAGGAGUUCUGCCCGAUCCGGACGCGCAGCCCGCGGGAGCUGGACUGUGGGGCGGGGCAGGGCGCGCUCUGCUUCAUUAACCCCCUCUUCCUGCAGGAGGCUCCCUGCCGCGGGGCCCUGCUCAAGCGUCACCAGUUCAAACGCAGCCUCAAAGUGCGUGUCUCCACGGAAACCUCCAGCCCCCUCUCCCCCCCCGCCGCCCCGCCCCCGCCACCGCCCCUGCUGGCCAAAGGGGCCCGGCAAAAGCCUGCCACAGCCGGCGAGGUGCGGGCGGAGCCGCGGGGCGGGACUGGGGGCGGGGUCGUAGCUGAAGAGGCGGAGUCUGACUACCGGCAGCCCGGCCUAGUCCUGCAGAAGAAGAAGUGCACCCCCGCCCUUUCCCCCACCGAGGAGGAGGACUAUCAGAUGCCCAAAACCCUACUGCAGGGAAGGGAGGAGCCCAGCCUGAGGGAGGAUGCUUUGGAGGCGGGGCUUGUGCUGGAGCAGAGACACGCCCCCUCCCUGAGUGAGCUGGACAGCAGCAGCUCCCUCAGCAGCCUGGAGGAGCUGGAGGAGAGCCCGGAGCGCCCCCCUCUGACGCGGGGCACUAGCUCGCCGGCCCCACCCACCCCGUCCCGCCAGCCCGCCACCGCCCUGCGCAAGAUGAGCGCCGCCUUCGCCUCCUUCUUCUCCCCGGAGAAGCGUGUGGCGCGGCUGGUGGAGGAGCUGUCCCGGGACCGCCGCUCCGCCUUCGGCGCCCUGGUGCAGGACUUCCUGCGCCAGCAGCGGGAGGGGCUAAAGGCCCGGAGCUCCGCCUCCGCCAUCGCCCUGCUGCAGGGCCUGCGCCACUUCCUGUCCCAGGCCAAGCGCUUCCUGCUGGACUGCAGCGAGCUGGAGCCCCCCAUCGAGACUCUGGUGCCUGAAAACGAGACAGAUCAGGCUCUGGAGAAGGCUGUGUUCCGCUGCGUUCUGAAGCCGCUGAAGUCGCAGGUUGACGCAGCUCUGCGCUCGCUGCAUGCUCAGGACGGCUCCUCCCAGCAGCUGACUGACGGUCUGCACGCCGCCCAGGAGGGGGCGCUGGAGCGCUUCGGGGUGCGGGUGGGCGUGCCGGACGCGCAGGGCGUGGAGAAGGUGCGCAGGAAGCUGCAGUUCAUGCAGCGUGCAUACUCCCCCAUCGACAAGGUGCUGCUGCUGCUGCAGGCCUGCAAAUGCAUCUACAGCGCCAUGACGACCGCCCCCGGUCAGGAGUUUGGAGCAGAUGAGUUCCUGCCAGCUCUGUCGUAUGUGAUUGUGCAGUGCAACAUGCCGGAGCUUCUGCUGGAGGUGGAGUACAUGAUGGAGCUCCUGGAGCCAGCGUGGCUGACAGGGGAAGGGGGGUACUACCUGACGAGCGUCUAUGCAAGCCUAUGCCUGAUACAGAGCCAGCCAGAGGCUCCACCCCCCAGUGGACUGACCAAUCAGGCCCGGGAGUCUCUGAAGGAGUGGAGCCGGCGCCGCAGUAAGGAGGCCAAAAGCCAGAAAGAUGCCCAGCAACACCAGCGGUUUGUGCGGGUGCUGUUCCAGGAGGGAGAGUGCAGCUCGGUGAAGACCCUCCUGUGGAAGGAGGGGGACAGCGGUGAGGCUCUCGCUCAGCUCUGCGCCUCCAAGUUUGGGGUGUCCGAGCCAGAGCAGUACGCCCUCUACUGGCGCGGGGGAGGAGAAGCGCAGCCCGUCCCGCCUGAGGCCCAGAUGCAGGACCUGCAGAUCCAGGGCGGGGGCGGCCCCUCUUUCACCUACCAGCGCUGCGACCAGGACUCCGGCAAGAUGCGCAAGCUGACCAGAGGGGGCGCCGUGGAUCUGGGGGAGUCGCACUGAGAGCUUCUGUUUGCUCGGAAGGCCUGUUUUGUCAUUAACGGCAAGCUGCUUCAGCCUGAUGUGGAAAUAUGAUCCCACUGUGUCCAGCGUGAGAAUCUGCUCCCUUUUAUUUUAAGUCGGGCAGGGAGAUGGGCACCCAGAGUGAGUGGGCCUUGUGUUUCACUCUGUACACCCAGAAUCUGCAUUCUGUUUUUCUGAGCACAAGCUGCCAGCCUGUAUCUAGCAGAGGGGCCCCCAGUUUGAAGGAGCAGAUGAAAUGCAAUUCAAAGACUCAAAUUCAACUCAAAGGCUCAAAAGUAACAGCAAAUACAGACCACACAAAUGCUCCCGAAGGCCUCCCUCAUGCCCUCUCUCUGUGCAGAUCCAGCUGGGGGCCCAGGUGCCCCAGACACGCCGCAGCCCU